UCGGUCGUGUGGUGGGAUGUGCUGUACAUCCUGGUGUUAAACACUCAGUAGCUGUGGAUCCGUGAAGAGACUGUGCUCGGUUCUAGAGGCGACUGUGGCUCGAGGAAUUUAUUUUCUGGCUCAUUGAGACAGCAGUGUGUUUGACCAUAACGUGGUCCGUGUGAAGAUGUGUAGGUAGUGCUCUCGGAGAUCCAGGGGACGCCAUGUCGGAAGAGGCGAUCUCAGAGAGCGACCUGGAGCCCAGCCUGAACAGUGAAGAGGAGGAAGAAGAGCAGAUGGGAGAGGAAGGUGAUGGAGAGAAUGACACUGACGAUGAUGAUGAAGAUGAUGAUGAAGAUGAUGAUGACGAAGAAGCAGACCAAGGCACAGAGGCCAUGGAGACAGAAGAGAGGGCGGGCCUCUCCAGCUCUGCCCAUUCUUCACAUUCAGGCAGCUCCGCCCCUUCCUCUAGACCUCCGUCUCGGUCCUCGUCGAAGUCCACGUCACGACCUUCGAGUCCGAAUGGGUCACGAGGGGCCUCUGCAGGUGCAGACUCCGCCCCCAAGAGGAAGUCAAAGAAGAAGAGCUCCAAACCGGCAAAACCUGCUCACCUGAGGAGGAACAUCAGGAAGUUGCUGGAGGAGCAUCAGCUGGAACCAGGAACUAAAGCAGCACAGCAGGAGGAGCUGGAGAGGAGAAAACGCCUGGAGCAGCAGAGGAAGGACUAUCUGUUACCUGCUGUGGACUUGCCCUCCUUGGCAACUGUUGUUAAGGGAGAGGUGAUUUGCCUGGACAGCAGUGGAGACGAGGGGGAGUCCAGAGGAUCUGCACCUCCUCCCAAACCAGCACCCAGAGAUGAUGUGAUUGAGCUGAGCUCAGGUGAUGAGGAAACGUUCCAGAUCAGUGAGGAGGACGAUGAGCGUUCCACUUCACCUGGGACAGAAGAGAGCAGCGGCUCGCACAUCAACGAUUCCCUGAACCAGCUAGACGCUCAGGGCAGAGUGCUGGUCAACAUCAACCACCCGGCCGAAGAGGAGGACCUGUUCCUCGCCCCUCAGCUCGCCCGUGCUGUCAAACCUCACCAGAUCGGCGGGAUCCGUUUCUUGUACGAUAACCUGGUGGAGUCUCUGGAGCGCUAUAAGACCAGCAGUGGGUUCGGCUGUAUCCUGGCACACAGCAUGGGACUGGGCAAGACCCUGCAGGUCAUCUCCUUCAUCGACAUCCUGCUCCAACACACAGGAGCCAGAACCGUCCUCGCCAUCGUGCCUGUGAACACUCUGCAGAACUGGUUAGCGGAGUUUAACCUGUGGUUGCCUCCAGCCGAAUCCCUUCCUCCGGACACAGAUCCGGCCCAGGUUUCCCCCCGGGCCUUCAGAGUCCACCUCCUGAACGAUGAACACAAGACGACGGUGACCCGGGCAAAGGUGGUAGAGGAGUGGACGCGUGAUGGCGGUGUACUGCUGAUGGGGUAUGAAAUGUAUCGGUUGCUCUCUCUGAAGAAGAGCUUCGUCACCGGGCGCAAGAGGAAGUCAAAAAAACCCGCCGGGCCGAUCAUCAUCGACCUGGAUGAGGAGGACCGGCAGCAGGAGCUCAUGAAAGACAUCGAGAAGGCUCUCUCGCGGCCUGGCCCGGACGUGGUGAUCUGCGACGAAGGUCAUCGCAUUAAGAACUGCCACGCCAGCACGUCGCAGGCGCUGAAGAACAUCCGGUCGCGGCGGCGGGUGGUGCUAACUGGCUACCCACUGCAAAACAACCUGCUGGAGUACUGGUGCAUGGUGGACUUUGUGCGGCCCGACUUCCUGGGCACGCGGCAGGAAUUCAGCAACAUGUUCGAGCGGCCCAUCCUGAACGGCCAGUGCAUCGACAGCACGCCGCAGGACGUCAGGCUCAUGAGGUACCGCAGCCACGUCCUGCACAGCCUGCUCGAGGGCUUCGUCCAGAGGCGGGGUCACGAUGUGCUGAGCACUCAGCUGCCCAUUAAAGAGGAGCACGUGAUCCUGGUGCGUCUCUCGCCCCUCCAGAGGGCACUCUAUAAGGAGUUUAUGAAUCGUUUCCGGGAGGCGGGGAACAGUGGCUGGCUCGGUCUCAAUCCGCUUAAAGCGUUCUGCGUGUGCUGCAAGAUCUGGAACCAUCCUGACGUUCUGUAUGAAGCUCUGCAGAAGGAGAACCUGGCCAACGAGCAGGACCUGGAUCUUGAUGACCUGAACACCCCGGCGACAGCCCGCUGUCCCGCCCCGGGUUUAAAGGCCAAGACCUCUGAUGGUGCCGGUACUAAGGGGGCACUCGCACCUCUGCAGGAACGAGCCAAUCAGGUUAUCACCUACGAAUGGGCGAAGGACAUUAUGAGCGGAUACCAGACUGGCGUCCUGGAGAACUCUGCUAAGAUGGUUCUGCUCUUCCAUCUGAUCGAAGAGAGCGUCAGCAGUGGAGACAAAAUCCUUGUCUUCAGUCAGAGUUUGUCCACACUGUCGGUGAUUGAGUCCUUCCUGGCUGUGAGAGCGAUGCCCAUCACAGUGGACAACCAGAAGCAGAACUGGCUUCGUGGCAUCCACUAUUACAGGUUGGACGGUAGCACAUCAGCCUCAGAGAGAGAGAGACUCAUCAACCAGUUUAACGACCCGGCAAACACCACGGCCUGGGUCUUCCUCCUGUCCACCAGGGCGGGGUGUUUGGGUGUGAACCUGAUCGGGGCAAAUCGGGUCGUGGUGCUCGACGCUUCGUGGAACCCGUGCCAUGAUGCGCAGGCCGUGUGUCGAGUGUAUCGCUAUGGCCAGCACAAACCCUGUUACAUCUACAGACUGGUGUGUGACUUCACCCUGGAGAAGAAGAUCUACGACCGGCAGGUGUCCAAGCAGGGCAUGUCUGACCGCGUGGUGGAUGAUCUGAACCCUGUCCUCACCUUCACUCGUAAGGAGGUGGAGUCUCUGCUGCACUACGUGGAGGAGGAGCCUGAUCCCAGCCAAUCAGUGCUGCUGCCUAAAGAUGACAUGGAGGCGGUAAUCAAAUACGCCUGUCUGCACUAUCCUCACCUCAUCACCAAGCCGCCAUUCCAGCACGAGUCUCUGCUGAUGGACCGCAAGGACCUGAAACUCACCAAAGCAGAAAAGAAAGCAGCUAAGAAGAGCUAUGAGGAUGAGAAGAGGGCAUCUGUGCCGUAUCAGCGCCCGUCCUACGCCCACUACUACCCUGCCAACGAGCAGAGCCUUUCCAACAUCAGGAACUGGAGGCCGGCGCCACGGAUGGACGAGAAGCCGAUCGCCAGCGUGCGGCCCGUCCAGUCCACUCCCAUUCCCAUGAUGCCUCGCCAGGCUGCCAUGGGAGGCCACGCCUCCAGCCCUGCCUUCCCUGUCAACUACUUGCAGAAGGCUGGUGUCCUCGUCCAGCGCAUCAUCACUACCACUGAUAUCGUGAUUCCCGGCACAAACAGCUCGACAGACGUGCAGGCGAGGAUCAGCGCCGGAGAGAGCAUCCACGUGAUCAAAGGAUCCAAAGGUACAUACAUCAGGACUAAUGAUGGGCGGAUCUUUGCCAUCCGUUCCGGAAAGCCCAGAGCCAAUGAGGGAGCUGCUUCUGCACCGAGAGAUGUGGGCGGUUCUCUCCUCCGCCCAGUCACAAACGGCCGUGCGUCUCCUCCAGAGCUGAAGCGUUUUUCUCCGGACGGUGUGCGCCGUGUGUCUCCUUCCUCCAGUCCCAACCUGCUGCGCCAGCUCCAUCAUUACACCCCUGCCCCUGCCAAUGACCUCACGCUUUCGGACCGCCCCACCCAGCAAAGCCACACCUCUGAGCCUCAGCGGCGUGACAAUGUCAUCGGCUCUGGCUCCGCCCUCGAUGCCCAGAGCCUGAAGAGAAAACUCCUUUCAGACGCUCGAGGCUCCAAAAGGACCAACAGCACCACAGCCGCUGCUAAUUUCCCAGGAUUCCCUGUGAGUGCCGGCUACACCAUGGGAUCCAUGGGAUUCCCCCUACUGGGGGCUCUGGGUCACAUGACCCCUCCUAUGGUGGGCGGGACCAACCCUGGUCACUUUCUGACCGAUUUGCAUAGCAUGUUUCCUACCGACACUUUAAGCUCUGCCCAUGGAUCCUCUUCAUCAACCAGCAUAGCUUCUUCUUCCUCUGCACCUUCAUCAUCCUCUUCCUCCUCCUCCUCCUCCACUAUUCCACCGUUCCUCUUCAAUCCCAGCAUGGCAAGCAUGCUGUCCGGGUUUUCGAUGCCCUACACUCAGCCUCUGUUGCCAGACUCUUCUAGAAUGUUCUCCAGUUCCCUGUCCACAUCCACUUCUGGCUCCGCCCCCACCGCUCCCUCCUCCUUCCUUUCGCCCUCCAGCCUGCUGGGGACAGCGCUGAGUCGACCCGACACGCGCCACACGCUCGCCGAGAAUGGUGGGAGUAGCUCUGACGAUGAUGUCAUCGAGGUGAUCGGGCAGUGAGCAGCAACAUCUGAGGAAUCUCAUUGGUCCGGGGUAAAAGUGGGUGGAUCUGAACGUUGAAAUGACACUAAAUUCAGCAGACUGGUGUUUCUACCAGCAUGGGACCAUAACACCGCUCUUCCACAAAAAGAAAGAGGAAACAAAAAGAGGUCGGCUAGUUGUAUCGCUGAAACGUGUUUGGAUGCAUCACACAAACGACUAGUGCAACUCUUUCCAGGCAGCAACCAUUUAAAAAAAAAAAAAAAAAGGCAAAACUUUUUGAGACAUUUUGCUGUUUAUUAUAGAACUCGUAGCAUCAUAGAGAAAAAGGGAGAAAAUCGUGACUUGUUUAUUUUUUUUAUUUCUGAUCUUGUGAGCAUAUGAUCUAUGUUUUUUGUAAACUGCGUACUCUGUGGUUUUGGAAAAGAAAAACCACAAACAUGGUGAAAGAGACCAUGAUGAACAGAAAAAAGCCAUUUUUACUUUUCAGUUUGGCCUUUUAAUAGAAAAAAGAGGCAAGUGCCGAUUAUCUGUUGUACGAUACGUUACGGUGUUUAAAACACACGAUAAUUAUUGUAGAAAUGGAACGUAAAUGAAAAUUCGAGGCAGGAUGACUUCCGUCAUUCUCACACAAGGUGGUCCCAGAAUCAUUAUCGGAUGCUCCAACUUGGGGUCCUUUUUUUUUUUUCUUUUCUUCUUCUUCAUUAGUGUUGUGAUUUAAUAUUGUGAACCGUUUAUCAUGAUCUGAGCGGUUCAUAUCGGCACAUGCCUGACGGAAGCUCAAAGAAUGUAACUUCAUGUUCGCCUUCAGAGCCUUGUGAUGGAGGGAGCCAUAACCAGGCUUUAGCGUUUAGCGUUAGCCUUAUACGAUUCGUACGUAACUCCUGUAGCAGUCCGUUUUUCCUCCCCAUGACGCUGCGCUGAUGUUUGUGUCGACUGUUACCUCGUCCACUGCUUGGACAUGAGUGCUUUUUUUCCUGUCCGCGAAUGUGACCAAAGCGUGAAAAUAUUCCGAAAUUCCCGACAAACCCAUCAAUCCCUUGCUGUCUGUUCUCAGAGGAGCACUUCUUAGACUCCGCCCACCAUCCACCAACACCCUUUCUUGCAUUCUGAUCCCUGUCUUUGUGUUGUUUUUUUUAAACAACUUAUCAAAUUAGGCCUAACUGAUUUGUCUUUCAUUUCCUUUUACUUCACCAGAUUUAUUUAUUUAUGAUUUGCUACUUUAUAUUUUUGUACCUUUUUGUUUGCUUUUUUUUUAAAUUACUUCUGAAACCUUAUGAUCCCUGUAUGUUUCUGCUGGAAAUGUUGUUCGGAUUGUGAUUUUUACGUGUAUGUAGUUUGGGUUUGUUUUUUCCCCCCCUGUGUGUUUAAGACCAGUAUCUGUGACAGAACCAGAUGAGAGCUUACACACACACACACACACACACAACAAAUGGACACUCAUCAGCUCUUGUAUUUAGCACACAGACGAGGAGAUUAAAAUGACAUUGUAUUUAUUUAAUGUUGUUUUAACAGACAAUAAAUUCAGCAUUUCUUGUUGUAUUUGAA